UCGUGUUGGGCCAUUGCAACGGUGGCGGCCAUUUCGGACCGCAUAUGUAUCGCGUCGGGCGGUAGACAACAGCCGGAGAUAUCGGUUGAGGACGCGUUGGCCUGCAAUGGGUUUAGUGACGCCAAUUGUGUGGGCAGUCGGCCAGACGUCGCCUGGUUUUACUACAUCAGAGAGGGAGUCGUGUCCGGCGGCGGGUAUGGCAGCCAUCGGGGCUGUAGACCUUAUUCAGUGCCCGGCACUGACCCCGCCAUUGAUAGCGCUUCUACCGGACCCACACCUGUAUGCGAGCGCCAGUGUAUUGAUGGCUAUAACAAGACAUACGCCAACGACAAACACUACGGAUCUUUUGUCUACGGCUUUGACCACAAGAACCGUGAGGUUCAGCGCGAGAUCAUGACUAACGGUCCCGUUGUGGCCGGAUUUGCGUAUAAGUCCGGUGUAUACCAACAAAUGACCGGCGAUAUUAGAGGCGGACACUCCGUUAAAAUAAUCAAAUGGGGCCGGGAGUCGGGUGUGGACUACUGGCUGGUGGCCAACUCGUGGGGCACCAAAUUGGGUGACCGCGGCUUUUUCAAAAUACGUCGGGGUAAUGAU